AACUAGAGUCCACUGUCCGGUGCUCCACGACGUUGACAGUAGGCUCGCUGCCAUGCUUGACGAAAAUACAAUUGAUUGGGAUGCGCUACGAGCUCAGAGCCUUUGCCCUGGUGGGUUCGGAAAGGAAAGAACACGUGUCUGGCCUGCCCUGCUCGGAGUCCACGUUCCAUCAGAGCCUCCUCCGUAUACAGAGAUCUCUCCAGAACCUUCGGCAGAUGAUGUGCCCCAUCCUGACGAGCGUCAAGUACGUUUGGACACCGACCGGAGCUUUGUGAUGUAUCCCGCAGACGACAGCGACCAAAGUCGCAGAACUGCAUUGCAGUCCUCUCUCAACAGUUUAAUUGUUUCCCUCCUCCGAAAGCGUCGGAAGUUGCACUAUUUCCAAGGGUAUCAUGACAUUGUCACUGUUGUUUUUCUAACUCUUCCACCAGAGCUUCAGCUCCCUUGUGUAGAAAAGCUUUCCCUCCAUCGAGUCAGGGACUCUAUGGGACCCACAUUAGAGCCUGUAUUGGGACUUCUCCGGAUCAUGCGUAAUCUUUUGCGUAUUAUCGACCCUAAAUAUGCAAUGCUGCUUGAGAGCAUUGCACCAUUACCGUUCCAUGCUCUAUCAAACCUUCUCACCCUUUUCUCACACGAGGUACCCACCCUACCCCUUAUUCAGCAUGUCUGGGAUUUUCUGCUCUGCCGAGAACCUUUGGCAGUGGUGUGGUUGGCUGUCGCUGUCAUUCUCGUUCGAAAACCUGAUGUUUAUCAAUUAGCCGUAGAAGACGAGGAUGGCAUGAUACACUCAGUUUUGAAUGCUCUGCCACCACUCAGCGAUGAUUCCGAAACAACGUACGACGUUCCCUCCGAUUCCGAUCAGCAUACUCGAACCGGAUCACGGGAUGAGGAAGACAAAGUAACCUUCAACACAGAGGAGGCGAAGCGGCUCUCAGAUGUACCCGACGAAAACACGAGCGACGGGCCUUCUAUAGGACAACAUCAGAUGAUCGAACAGAAACCGAUCCCCUGUUUGACGGAGAAUGGAGCGUCCCAGAAUAUCCCUGAUGACCAAGUCAUCCGUGGAGAGAGUGAUAUGGCUGCUGAUGCCGACUACUCUGCUAAGAAUCGGGUCAUCCAGCGGUCGGAUAAUUCAUACACCGCGUUAUCUUCAGCUCAGCCUCGGGAAACCGAGGAAUGUCCGGCCACAAUUUCUUCAGAGACUCAUAUCGAUAACACUGCCAAAAUUGAUACUGAUACUGACUUUGUUCAGCUCUCACAGCCACGACUCCCACCGCACCCGCAUUUCCCUUCUAGGCCGCCGUCCCCUACAUUGCUACGUACAUCACGUUCUAGUUCCCGCACUGCGUCCCGUUCGCCCUCACCACCACCUCCAAAAUCCUGCCGGCCUCCGAUUUCACUUCCGUCUCUUCUAACACAUGCCGCACAGCUCCUUGAGGCCUAUCCUCCCACCCUUCCCGAGCUUCGCGUUAAGGACAUACUUGGGCCCAAGAGCGUCGUACACACAUGGAGGCCUCCUCCUCCUCGAGAAGGUUUCUCUAUAUCAUCCGACAACGGAUGUGAUGACAACGCAGAGAGCUGGGUUGGGAGCCCUGACGUUGUUGUACCAUUCAUAGAAGAUGAGGAUAUUGAGGAAAGCGAAAAUGAGCGAAAGACGAAGUCACGCAAAGGUCCCGUCACAAAGCACCGGAGACUUAUUCUCCUUCAUCGCUUGCGUCUUCAGUUCGGACUGCUCACGCCUACGGAGAAACGAAUCCUUUUGUUAGGUGCAGUAGCAGUAGUUGGCCUUGCCGUUGCCCUUCGGCAGAACAGGGGCUUUGCGGACAUGAAGAAAGGGUGGACAGCAUGGGCGUGGGCAUUUACCGCUAGAAUCGGGAAUAGAACUGUGGUAUGAACCAGACCACGAGUAUCAGUGCGUCGCAAUCACAAAUAGUUAUCGGACGGGAUCCUUGUAGGACGCUAAUCGAGACUUUAAAUGUCAGAAAGCUCGAUCACAGGCGCAUCAUUCCGAUCGAUUUAUGUGGGGAAGACUCUGAUUUACUUUUGAUCCAUUCCACGACUACGGACAACAUUCACC